AUGAAUGGCUGCGCCCGCUACUCCCCGAGUACGGGGACAUCGACAUGCAACGCGCCGUUCUCGUCGGAUUUAGCGGCGAGGGGCAGCAGCGCCUUUCGCUUCCCCGACCUGAACUCGUCGCCAGACCUGCGCCACACCGAGGGCCACAUGACAGACGACACCGGCCUUCCCUUCGACCUCUUCUCGACGACGGCAGGAGCACCCACCAGGUGUUCGGCAGAGCGUCCGGUGUGUCCAUUGGCGAGGACAAGUCUUGAGUCAACGCUGUUCCACCACAUGGAGGCCAAGAGGAGCCAAGCAACGGCCAACGCCGAGAUCGCGCGGCCCGUACCGCCGGCGCUGCCCGUACCGCCGGCGCUGCCGUGGACGGUGCGGCUCCAGCUGUUCAUGCUCGUCGGCGCCUACGACUUGGCGCUGCGAGCCGACGGCACCGUGAACCGCUUCCUCUUCUCCUUCGGCGACCGCCAGACCCGCGCCAGCGCCCGACCGGACGCGCUCGGCGUCCGAUCCGCCGACGUCACCGUCGACGCGUCCCGCGGCCUCUGGGCGCGCGUCUUCUCGCCCGCGGCGGAUCAGGCCGGGUCCCCGCUCCCCGUCAUCGUCUACACACACGGCGGCGGCUUCGCGCUGCUCUCCCCAGCAUCCACGCCCCUGGACGGCAUGUGCCGCCGCUUCUGCCGCGAGCUGGGCGCGGUGGUCGUCUCGGUCAACUACCGCCUAGCCCCCGAGCACCGCUGCCCGGCAGCCUACGACGACGGCGUGCAAGUGCUCCGCCACCUCAGCGCCACCGGCCUCCCUGACGACCUCGGCGUCUCGGUCGAUCUGUCCCGCUGCUUCCUCGUCGGGGACAGCGCCGGCGGCAACAUCGCCCACCACGUGGCCCAGCGGUGGAUCUCCUCACCGCCUACCUCUAACUCCAUUCGCCUUGCCGGCAUCAUCCUUCUGCAGCCGUACUUCGGGGGAGAGGAGCGGACAGAGGCGGAGCUGAGGCUGGAGGGUGUGGCGCCGGUGGUGAACAUGCAGCGGUCAGAUUGGUCGUGGAGGGCGUUCUUGCCCGAAGGGACCAACCGUGACCACCCGGCGGCGCACGUGACUGACGAGAACGCCGAGCUGCCGGAGGGGUUCCCGCCGGCGAUGGUGGUGGUCGGCGGCUUCGACUCGCUGCAGGACUGGCAGCGGCGGUACGCCGGCGUGCUGCAGCGGAAGGGUAAGUCGGUGCAGCUGCUGGAGUUCCCGGAGGCUAUCCACGCGUUCUACAUGUUCCCGGAGCUCCCCGACGCCCGUAAGCUCGUGAAGGAAAUGAAGGCGUUCAUCCAGAGCAGCAAGUCCAAUCUUUAGUGCGCGGCUUGACCCGGCCUGCUCCGGUAGAACAUGGAAGGGAGAUCCGCUUUGGUAGAGAAUUCUAAUUUCUGAAUUCCGAUGCAGCCAGCCUGCUCCAUCUUCGUAUGUCUCCCAGGGAACACCAGGAUCUUCAUCCGGAGGCUGCUUGCGCACUAGACCAAAUUGGGUGUUAAAUUUCCCGUCUGAUUCUGAUGAGCAUAUUAGAUCAAAAGUUCUAGCUAUUGUUGUUUAGGCGUUCUAGCAUCGUGGGAAUGAUACGAUUCACCCCAUUGGGAAUGCUUUGGUUCGGGCUUGAGUUCAGUUCCUGCGGAGACAUA